AUGUAGAACAGAAGAGGUUCUGAGCAAGCAAAUAGUAAGCAUUUCCUACAAGACAGUCGAAGAAAGAGAAGGAGCAGAACACAGCUUCUCCCAGGCUUGUUUCGGGCAGGAAAUAAUUCACAAAACAGACGUGUAUAACUUUUAGUUUUUUUCUUGCAUAUAUUUCCCGGUUCUUAAACAACGGCUGCUUUUUAUUCUGAAACAUAACUCUUUGUGUUGAGAAGUACUUUUUAUUAUUAUCAGAGUCUGGGUCUGGUAAGAGUCAAAAAAAGAGGUUAGAUCUGAAAUCAAAGAUGUUCUGAGUCAUUGCGCCAGAAAAUGACAGAGGAGAGGACGGAUCGCAGAGCAGUGCAGUAGCUCUUGGUCUUACACGACUGAUCUUGGUGGGAAAGAGGCUGAUGUCAGGAUUGUUGCAACACCUAAAUUGCACACGUUUCUCAAAAUAUGACGUUUGAGUUGUCGAGCAGCGUGACACUGCUGUUUGACUUCUGGGAUGUCCACGGGCCUGCAGGGAUGGUGCUGUCAGUGGUUGUGGUCUUGCUGCUGACAGUCUUCUACGAGCUGCUCAAAGUGUGGAGGGUGUGGCUGGGGAGGAGCUCGAAGCUGGCCCAGCCUCAGCCCCAGUCUCCGUACGCAGCCCCGCCGUCCUGCCGCAGCGACAACAGCUCCGUACUGGACAGCAGUCCCUCUGAAUCCUCGCUGACCCCUAUGGAGUCACACCCUUCUACUUCAAACACCUCCAGAAACAGCUGGUUGCUGCACGGUAUCCAGACAGUCCUCCACAUACUGCAGGUGACUCUGGGCUACAUGCUGAUGCUGUGCGUCAUGUCCUACAACACCUGGAUCUUCCUUGGGGUCAUUGUGGGCUCUCUUCUCGGUUAUUUCAUCUCAUUCCCUCUCGUGGGUCAGAUCUGAUGGUACGGACAGUUAAGACAGAGCAUAGCUUUUUUUAGCUUUGAAAGGAUCACAUGUUCUGGAGACUUAAUGGGAAACCGCCACGUGUUGUUCCAUUGCUCUGGGCACAGGUGCUGAUUUUGAAGAUUGUUACGCAAUUUUGUGUGUGUGUGUGUGUGUGUGUGUGUGUGUGUGUGUGAGAGAGAGAGAGAGAGGUUGAGUUAGGUGUUGGCUGAAGAAAGAGCUGCACCACACUGACUGUUGCUUAAGAAUCAUCUGGAUGUGGAAAUUGAUAUCUUCAUGCACAAAAUUAUUGUCUCAUUGUCUGUCACCAGUUUCAGUCUUCUGUCUCUGGUUUCUUGCCUCUGAACUCAAUAUUAACUUAAACACUUCAGCUGGACAUACUAAGUUAUAAUAUUUGUCUUUGACCAUACAGGCAAUCUCUAUAAUUUCAUAAUUAAUGAGGUGGUUCUUUUGUGUUAAAGGGACAUGACCAUUCUGUUUUUGUUGCAUGGUCUUGCUUAAUUUUUCUGAUAGCAAACAUCUAAGUGAGUAAUCCAUGGGGGGGAAAAAUAUUUUUCCAGGGGAAGUAGUGCUGCUUACUUAAACUCUCCUUUUUGUUCAUUUAUCUUAAAAUAGUAAUCAAUGGAGUCAAAGAGGAGAAAUGUAUUUGAAUCGGCCACAGCAGAGGUUCAACAGAACUGAUUAGGGAAGUCCUCCACAGCUCGUGGCAUAUUACCCAUGUUCCUGUUUUUCUGGUCAACACUGACAGACCUUUUAUAGCCACUACACAGUUCACUGUAUUUUACUAAACAAUUUAAGGUGUUAUGGCUACAGAUGAGUCAAAAGUGAGAUUUCUAGAAAAUCUGACUGUGUUAAUAAUACACUACUUACACUAACUGAAGUGAAACCCAUGUUUUUGAUGGCUUAAAAAGCAACAUUUUGUGAGUGGAGCCAACAAGACAUCAAGUUCUGAAUACAGAUUCUGUCUUUUUCGCGGUGGUUUGGAGUGAAACCUAAAAGUAGGCUCGCACUUGGAGCCGAGAUUUACUCUCAGAGGUCAUGAGACAGUACUCCGAUUCAGGAACUGAAUCAUAAGAUUGUAGCUUGUACUUUUUCAUGUGUCAUCCUGGUUUACAAACAGAUCAAAGUCAUUGUCACAUGUAUAUAAGGGGAUGGUGAAAUUGUGAAUCAUGAGGUUCUGUGGCACUAAAAAACCACGAACUGUGUGCCUUGCAACUGAAAUUUCAGAUGUGUUUUUUGAAAUAUGCUAUUCUUCACUUUUGAAACGAGUAUUUUAUAACUGAUUCUGCCAAUAAAAACAUUCAAAUAUCUUUGAUCACUUGAUGUGGCGCACUGAAGAAUUGCAAUCAUCAGGAUUUUCUGUCACAAUAAAACUCAAAUGACGUGGUUGACAAGUAAAGAAUAAAGUUGAUGAAAUUUU